CUGACACCAUUCAUUUAGUGGGAUGGAAGGGAUGCAGGAGCCCCCAGCAGGCAGCACACAACACGAGGGACACGGCAUCAUCGGUUUUCUGCCUCUGUGGUGGCAAAAACAACAGUGGUGUGAAGCUCACUGAGACUUUAAAACCCGCAAUGUUCCUCUGCUGACAUGGGUGAGGCACAACCAGUGUACCAAACAUCCUGGGUUCAAGGCAGUUCGGUUUUCCAUGUGCUGAGAUGUGCCCCCGUGCUGGCUCAGCCCAUCCCAGCCACCCCACGCUGGUGGUGAAAUCCUAACGGUCACUUUUUAAGCAGCAACCUGCAAUCUGUAUCUCAAACACAAAUGACUCAAUGCACCUCUUGGGUUUUUUUGGGGGGGAGGGGGAGCUGUGAUUCACUCAGCAGAAAACACCUAAAUAACGAAUUAAUGACUUCAAACAAAUCAGAGUUACUUUUCCCUAAAGAACAGAGGGAAACUGACCCUCACAAUCCAGGUGUGAGUCGCACGGUGUUUGCUGCCCCCUCUAAGCUGUGCUACCGGGGCAAUCAGUGCUUCUGCAGCCCCAGCCCCGGGCUCUGUGGGGUGCUGGGAGGGGUCAGAUAAGCACUGCACACCCACAGACGGUUACAGGAAGCCCUGUAGCUCAGAGCCACAUCCGUACCCGCAGCGGCACAUGAGAGUGGCAGACCACGGUUUGUUUCUCGGCAAGCAUGUGCCACAAUCAACAGACUGUAACAAAACAGACUUAUUUUGCUGCUGUUGAACAGAAUCUCUAUUGCUAACCGGAGCCAACACAUCUGCAAUAAGCAGACACUCCCGUGGCUCGGGCUUCUCUGCGGCAGCACAGGAGGGCAGGGCCGUACCCCUGCCAUGGAAAACGGCAUUCCUUCUGCCCGUUGGUGUGUUCGCUCUGGUGCCCGGAGAUAACGUUAUUUCUGGCGUUGUUUGUGCCGCAGCAGCUGCUCAGCAGUGAAGGGUGAUCGCACUCUUUGGGUUCAGUUUUAACUCUCGUAUAAGCUUCACCAGCUGCGAGUGCCCGCUGCGUUACACCCCCAGCGCCUGCGGGCAGGAGGGGGAAGGCACAGCGCUUCUUGUGUUCCCUCCUCUUAAAACCGCUCAAGGGCGGGGAGGAAGGGUUUGUGGGUUUUUUUUAAUUUGUGGAAGGGAUGUCGAGCAGGAUGUUGUUGCUGCGCGCUACCCGGGAGGUGCGCUGGGGCCAGGCAGCUUCGCGCAUCCGUGGUGCUGGCACCGCCCCUCGCACGCGAUGCGCUGGACCGGGGCCAUCUACACUUGGCAGGCGGAUCUCCGCCCCUCUCGCUCCUAACGCCGGGUGUCUGUGGGCUGAGCACGGAGCUGCAGGCGGUUCAAGAGCGGCGUUCCCUGGGGACGGGACGCAGCGAGCAAAGCGGCAGCGAACUGUGAACUCUCCCACCCACGCGGCGCAGAGCCGCCCCAUGCGUGCCUUCCUCCCGCCCCUCCCGGCACCACCAGAAAUAGCUCGAGCCUUGGUGCCCGGCUCGCAGUACCUCCAGCAGGCUGGCAGCUCCUCCAGGAGCCCCACGCUCCGUAUCCCCGGCCCUGGGGCUGAUCCUGACCUCACGAGCACCUCCCCGAGCGCCGCACCGCCUGCUCAUCUCCUGCAGCGCCCGAUGGCCAACAGCACUCCGCUGUGGGACAACGGCAGCCAGGCUCUGUGCCCCGUGGAUGCCGCCUUCGCGCAGCGCUUCCUGCCCGGCGUCUACCUGGUGGUGACCCCGCUGGGGCUGGUGGGGAACGUGCUGGGGCUGCGCUAUCUGCGCUCUGACCGCCGCAGCCCGCUCAGCCCGCUGAUGGGCCACCUGGGCCUGGCCGACCUGCUGUACGUCUGCACGCUGCCCUUCCUCAUCAGCUACUACCUGCACGGCCGCACCUGGGCUUUCGGCCGGGGCUGGUGCCGCCUCACCCGCGGGCUCUUCCACCUCAACCUCUACGCCAGCAUCGGUUUCCUCACCUGCAUCAGCGUGCACCGCUACCUGGGCAUCGUGCACCCGCUGCGGGCGCGGGGCCGCUGCCAGGCUGCCGUGUCGCCGGGCCGGCUCAGCGCGGCCGUGUGGCUGUGGGUCAUCGCGCAGGUGGGCCCUGACUUCGCCUUCAGGAAGAUGGACCCCGUGGGGAUGCAUUGCCAUGACACGACGGGGGAUGAAAGCCUGGGUGCCUACGUGCCCUACACCGCCGCCGUCACCGUGACGGGGUUCGUCAUCCCCUUCCUCAUCAUCGUCGGGUGCUACUGCCACGUGGUGGUGGUGCUCUGCAGGAGCGACACGGUGGAGCCCGGCCUCAGGAGGAGCAGCAUCAGGCUGGUGGUGCUCGUCAUGGUCCUCUUCUCCGUCUGCUUCCUGCCCUACCACAUCUUCAGGAACCUCAACUUGCUGUCCCGAGCCUGGCAGCGGCAGGGGUCCUGCACACAGGCCAUGAAGGACAUCUACGUCUCCUACCAGGUGACCAGGGGCCUGGCCAGCUUCAACAGCGCACUCAACCCUCUGCUCUACGUCAUGACCAGCAAAGACUGCAUGUCACGCAUGAGGAAUAUCUACCAAAGGACCAAGGAGACCCUGGGAUCCCUCUUCACAUGGGAAUCCUCUAACCAAACUCAUGAGACGAGGAGCAGCAUCGUCUUUGAGGAGCAGGAGGCUUCUGAGCAGCUCUGAUCAGCGCAGCACCUCCCCAACAGCUGUGCACAUCAGCUUCAGCUUUCCCCCACCUGAAGCACGCUUUGUGGUGAGAUGAGACUGCAGUCCUCGGCUCCAGCAUGGUGCCUGGGACAGAUGGGACUGAGGGCAGAAGGGAGUAGGCUGGGCUCGGGCUUUAGAACACAGCAACCAGCCCCAAGUGGGGCAGAGAGCUGCUGCAUUGCAGGAUGAUGGAGAGGGGGAGUUUUGCAGGGCAAAGUGCUGUAGAAAUGGAAACAUUCACUAACAUAUCUUGAUUUAAACAUGACUAAACUGUGCCAGCAGUGGUGGUGGUUGUUUGUGGAAGCAGAUCUGCUUCAGGACCUGGCUUAUCUUCUGCUGCAUGCCUCCGUCACAGCAGAAAAAUGUACUUUAGAAUUAUUCACUCUCUUCUGGAAGAGUGCAUAACAAACAAACCGGCAUCUUAAAGUUUCUCAGGGCUUUUUUUUUUUAAAUUGCAAGGCAAAUGACCGCAGUGGCCUGAACCAUGUGCUCAGCAGGCAAUGCCCCAGAGAGCUCUGAGCCACUUGGGUGGGGGCUGCAGCUCUCCGGCAUUUGGCCUCACAGCAGUAUUAACAUGAGCUAUUGUCUCCUGUAAAUCUGAUGUGCAAAUGUCACCUGCAGAGAGGCAGCACCGGCUGAAGUUGUGCAGAGGUACAGUGAGCUGCCAGGGCAGGACGUGCAUCAGCUUCCGUGGAUGCAGGGGCAUUUCUGCUGCAGGGGGAGCAGCAGCUCCUGAGCAGCACUUCGCUUUUUGCUUUCGGUUCUCCACAACACGAGCAGCUGCAACGCAUGACUGGAGCAGCGAGACUUGAAGCAGCAGACUUCAGAAGGGGCACAUGAGUUAGAACUGCUUCGUACCUGGAGAGCACGGCCCCACGCAGGGCUGAAGUCAGAGCAAAGCCUGACCUGUACCAGCCAGCUGUGAUCACAGCCCGACCUCACCGCCCUGCAGAGGACACAGUGGCCAUCACAUAGGGCAUCUGAGGUGCAAAUAAACUCUUAACAUGUUCACCUGUGCUCCUCUGGCUUCUAGAGCUUGGUGGCAGCACACAGCCAGCUGGCCUGGGGGAUGGAGCAGGGGCACACACCAGCUCUGCUCCCCUCCGUGCACCCAGCUCUCAUCCACUGCCCCCACAUUGUUGUUAAGGGUGAGUUAAAGAUCUGUAUCCCAUGAACCAGCCCUGAGCAUCUGUAGCAUCUCAUGGUUCCAUAUCCCACGUCAGUCAAACCAGCAGAAGCCACUGGAGUCUGCACACUGUAACAAUGGCUCCAGGGCUUCACAGCCCUCCUGAUCCUCAGGCAGCACCACUCUCCAUGCAAGCUGAAAAGAAGAAGAAGGAAAAAGAAAAAAAAAAAAAGCCUCCCCCCAGACCCAGCCAAAUUCCUUCCCUUAAUUAGCUGCGUGUGUAAUUAAGGACAACCACUGGCACAUGAGCCUGCCUGGCUCUCACAGCUGUGUAAUGGAGCAGCAAAGCAGCCCCUUCCUGCUGCUUUUGCUCCGGGCUCCUCCCUGUGCAAAGAGCAUCUGCUGCCCUGCAGGGGACAAAUGUGACAGAGAGAGAGGUACAGAUGUAUGACCAUUUCACUUCCCCAGAAUGCAAAACUGUUCUGCUUGGCAUCCAGAAUGCUACACAAGAACAUAUUGCUGUCAGCAGCAGCUAAACCAGAGGCCCCCAGCAGAGUGAGGAGUGCAGAACAGGGGGGGCUUUGGGAGCAUCUCCUGUGGCGUGGUGGGAGCUGCAGCGUGUGCAGAAAGGGCUGAGUCCUGCAGGUCACUAAUGAAAGGUCACAGCAUCUCCGAAUGCAGCAUUUAUUUCUGCAGCAGAGCAGUUUCACUGUCCCAGUACCUCUGGGUAUAGGGAGAGCAGACCUGACAGCUCAUCUGAUUUACCAAGGACAUCGGCUGGGCUGGGAAAGCAA